CGAACCCUGUCAGAGUCUGGAAUUAAAUAGUACGGUUCAAUCGUCGUGUGUAAGUAGUUUAUCGGUCAAUUGUAGUAGGUAGUCAAAGUGCGAUGUAAAUGCCUACGUCAAUAUACUACGACGAGUGAUUGAGCAAGAACGCCAAGAAAAGAACCAGGCUGAAAACCACAGUGCAGCAAUAUUGAUGUUUGGAAUGUACGAGUAUUCCCCCUUAUAGUUCUGAGUUAUUCGAGGAAUAUUCCACGAACACCCGAAGAAUGGAACAGAAACAACCAAGUCGUCGGGCAUCAAAACCCAAAGUCCGACCUAGUAUAAUCUCGCAAUUAGCCAUACCUCAUUAUUCGCUGACCAACACAGAGAAAAGAUUUUUACUAUGUGCAGAACGAGGAGACUGUGCCAGUGUAACCAAAUUGCUCGACGAGAACAAAGACAACAAGGCAGAAUUAGAUAUAAAUUGUCUCGAUCCUUUGAAUCGUAGCGCGCUGAUAAUCGCUUUGGAAAAAGAAAAUAUCGACUUGAUCGAGCUGCUGUUGGAAAGGGGGAUCGAUGUUAAGGACGCCUUGUUACACGCCAUUAAUGAAGAAUACGUCGAAGGAGUCGAAGUGCUGUUGCAAUGGGAAGAGAAAACUCACGUCAAAGGAGAACCAUACAGUUGGGAAGCGGUUGAUAAAUCAGCUUCAGGAUACACGACUGAUAUAACUCCGGUUAUUUUAGCAGCUCAUAAAAAUAAUUACGAAAUAUUGAAACUUUUACUAGAUCGAGGAGCUACUUUACCUUCCAAUCACGAUAUAAGAUGCGGCUGCGACACCUGCAUAACUAGCAAAGAGCAAGACUCGUUACGUUUUUCGCAAUCUCGAAUAAACGCCUACAGAGCUAUGAUAUCACCGUCAUUGAUUUGUCUAUCAUCUCGAGAUCCGCUGUUGACUUCGAUGGAAUUGUACUUCGAAUUGAAAAGACUGUCCAAGAUGGAAACCGAAUUCCGAGCUGAAUAUAACGAGAUGAGACAAACCGUCCAGACUUUCUCUACAGGACUACUAGAUCACGUCAGAACAUCCAACGAAUUAGAUAUCAUCCUCAACUACGACCCGGAUCCGAAUAAAACACCUUGGGAGCCCGGCGACAGGCAAACGUUGGAAAGACUUAAAUUGGCCAUAAAGUAUAAACUAAAAGCGUUAGUAGCGCAUCCGAACGUACAACAGUUAUUAGCUUCGAUUUGGUACAAAGGUCUGCCGGGAUUCCGACGUUUGACCAUGUUCCAGCAGAUAAUUGAGGUGUUCAGGAUGGGAAGCAUGUUUUGGGUGUACAGUAUGGUUUACAUAGUGGCGCCCGAUUCUGAACCAGCGUUGUUUUUGAAAAAUCCCUUCGUUAAAUUUGUCUGCCAUUCUGCGUCGUACGCGUCGUUUUUAGGUCUUUUGGCACUAGCUUCUCAACGUGUCGAAACACUAGCAUUAGAAAUCUUAGGACACAUGGGUCAUCCUUUUCUGCUAGAUAUCGUGAAAGAAUGGCAAGAAAAAGAACGAGGUUCGAUGUUCGGAAUGGUGGAAUCGAUGAUAGUACUGUUCGUAUUAAGUUUAAUAUGGAAAGAAAUGCGAUCGUUGUACGAAGACGGUCUACUCGAGUAUAUAACCGAUCUAUGGAACAUAUUGGAUUUCUGCUCAAAUCUGGGUUACGUAACAUGGAUAAGUUUACGAUUAACCGCCGCUUAUGUAGUACACAGAGAAUACUUGCAAGGUUUAGAUCCAUGGUAUCCGAGAAAUAAAUGGGAUAAAUUCGAUCCGCAUAUGUUAUCGGAGUGCGCUUUCGCGUCCAGCAUGAUUUUAAGUUUUAUGAAGCUGGUGAAUAUUUUUAGCGUUAAUCCGCAUUUAGGACCUUUGCAGAUAUCGCUGGGGAGAAUGAUAAUCGAUAUAAUUAAAUUCUUCUUCAUUUACACCUUGGUUUUGUUUGCUUUCGGAUGCGGUAUGAAUCAAUUACUUUGGUAUUUUGCUGGUUUGGAGUCGGAUAAAUGUUAUCAUAUUGAUGGUUUGACACCGGAUUUCGAACACGAGGAUAAAGCCUGCACAAUAUGGAGACGUUUCGCUAACUUAUUCGAAACAUCUCAAUCGUUAUUUUGGGCUAGUUUCGGUCUGGUUGAUUUGACUGCUUUCGAUCUGAAUGGAAUCAAGAGUUUUACCAGAUUUUGGGCAUUGCUCAUUUUCGGCUGUUACUCGGUGAUAAAUAUCAUCGUAUUGUUGAACAUGCUGAUCGCCAUGAUGUCCAAUUCGUACCAGAUCAUUUCGGAACGAUCCGAUACCGAAUGGAAAUUCGCCCGGAGUCGAUUAUUCAUCAGUUUUUUCGAAGAAGGAGAUACCCUACCUGCACCAUUCAAUCUGUUCCCUUCUAGCAAACAUAUUCUUAAAUUAUUUGGCAUCAGAAAGAAACGUAUGACAGGAUCCAUGAUGAGAAAAAAAGAAUCCGAAAGAGAACGCGCAGAUUUACGAUACGACCUCAUAAUGCAGCUUUUGGUCAGACGAUACAUCACCACAGAGCAAAAGAAACUAGAAGAAUUUGCAGUCACUGAGGAUGAUAUAGCUGAGGUUCGACACGAUAUCUCCACACUCAGAUUCGAACUCAUCGAUAUAUUCAAACGUAACAAUUUCAACGUGCCUAAGAUAAACACUGAAGAUAUGGCGCAAGGUAAAAAGGAUCGUUUAAUGGAGCGACGUAUCGUAAAAGAUUUCCAAAUCGGUAUGGUUGAAGGUGUCGUCAAUGAUAUUAUAACCUCGGAACAGAAAGUCACCAAUAUCUUUGGUAAAAUAGCCAAAGCUAUUGGUAAAGGCGACAGUAAGAAAAAGAAGGAUUGGAACGAGAUCGCACGUAAGAGUACAUUGAGACAAAAUCCAAUCGGCAGCACUGACGAAGCUCAACGAAAAACUCGUCAACAAAGUAUUCGAAGAUACAUAAUCGAUCACCAAGGCGAAGACGUAAUGAAAAUGGACCCGGAUAAACUGGUGGAAUAUAAUCCGCAACUCUCGCAUAUAAAUCCGACUGCCAGAAUAGCUUACGCUAGAUUCAAGAUGGCUUUGAUUAAACAAGAAUUCAACGGUGUUCAAGAAGGUCGUCUAUCUAUUUCAAUGGAGCGAAGAGAAAGCAAAGUUUCUGCAACCAAACGCGGAUCACUUCUGAGAGCAGCCACUGUCCCAGAUGCAAUACACGAAGAUACCCAAUCAGAAUCGGAAACGCCAUCGACACCAACACCAAAGGCACCAAAACUGGAAAAAAUGAGCACAGUAAUAAAAAGCAGCAUAGAUCGAAGACUCAGCCAAGCGGAUAAACCACCUCUGCCACCCAAACCCGAUGAUAUAACCAGUCCAGAAAGAAAAACUAGCCUUGCUGGUGGAACAGCAGGAAGUAGAAGAUCCAGUUUAGCCAGCAUGGCUCGAGAACCUGAUUCAUCGCAAGGUUCGUCGUCUAGAAAAGCGAGCAUUUCGAGCACAUCUGGAAAGCCAGGCUCGUCCAGAAAAGCCAGCACAUCGGCUGAAAUGCCAACAUCGUCUGAUGAAGCUGCCAAACCUGAUUCUGAGCAGAAAAAAGAACACGUGGUGCUGGAUAUCGAAUCUAAGUCUACGUUGAAGCCCGAAUCAAGUCCGGCUCCAGGUCGAUCACCGGCUGUCACACCCAAGAAAGUUGUGGGAGGCAAAUGGCUGUAAAAUAUUAUUUUUUCACCUUGUUUUUCCAAAGGUAUACGAUCGAUUCGUUAUUAUUAUUAAGUUAUUGGUUAUUUUUGUUUAUCGUUUUCGAAUUUUAUAAAAAAAAUUAUUGGUCAAUUUUGAAUCGAGCAGAUACUUACGUUAUAUGUAUUAUCUAUUCGCUUUCUAUGUAUUUUGUUUUCGUUGACUAAAUUAUUAUCUCAAUAUGUCAAGUAGAAGUUAGCUAACAAAGCACGUAUUCGGCGAAUAAAUA